AUCGUACGACUGUGUUACGGGCCUAGCACGUCUUUGUUAUUGAGUGUCCGAGCGCUUUGGAGCUGAGGCACGCACAGCAUACGAACUUCACCUUCGAGCGUAGCCAGACCCCAACCACCAAACAAGGGGCUGAGAGCGGCAUACACAGAGGCUGUUAGUCAAUGAGGUCGAACUUAGCAGCGAUCUGAGUGUAUGUUCGGGUAUGAGAAGUUCGGCAUCUUAGCACGGCAACAAAUGUGUAUAUAAGGACAGUCAAAUCCCCCAGACCAGAGAGCCUUUUUUCCAUCAUCAUCCAACAACACAAUCCAGCUUCACUACCACCACUUCCAACAACUCUUCACUUUCAGUCUUUCGACUCAAAACCCCCAACAAUCAAAAUGUCUGCUCCCGUCAAGGCCAACUCUUUCGAGGGUGCUCCCUCUCUACCCCUCCCUGGUCUCUCUGGACAGGGCAACAACGUUGCUGGCAACCUUGUUAAGGGCCCCGUCGAUGAGGAUGGCAAGCUCAAGAGCGCUGCUCUCCUCGUCGGUGUCAAGCUCGACCUCGAGGCUGAGGUUCACCUUGCCGCUCGUGUCCGCGGUGACAUAGUAGUUGGUCUCUAUUAAGUGUAGCGACAAACAAUGAAACCCAGCUCACACAGCAACAAUAACAAUGCCUUGACAACUUGAUCUGAUUCAUCUCCCUCGGCGAGUAAAUUCACAAUGGGCGACUCUGUUUUCAUUCUUCGAGCUGCGCUACACUUUACAAUGGGGUUUAAUCUGGGAUACGAGGUGUUCGGAACUGGGAAGCGAUAAGCGGUUGUGGUUUGGAUCAUGAUGACUUGGGAACUGGUUUGGCAAAAAGCAUGCGGGAACCGGGCAAAAGAGAAGCUGCACCUUGAUCUCUCUAUCGUCAACUCUACUGAUUGCCACCCCGGCUAUCAAUAAAAUUAUAUCUUCUUACCAACUCU